CACCUCUUCCAAAAAUCUUAGAGCUCCACUCUGUAGGGUUUAAUACUGCCUCCUUCUCCUUCUUUGCUCUCUCUUUCGCCCCAGAAGCCUCACCCAGCUCUCCAAACCCUAACAAAGCUUCAAACUUUCGAUUCAUGCAUCCAAACCCUAAUCCCCAAUUCACAUAAAAACCUUACCUUUCUCAGCUAAAGCUCCUAUUUUUCCGGGGGCGAAAAUGGCCGACGUGUUCAAUCCGGCAAUCCGAUCGGGUCAGAGUUCGGAUCCGCAGCUCAAAUCGGCGGAGGAGGCAUCGCCGUUUCCGAGGAUCGAGUUUCAUCUGGCGCGGAAGCCAUUCAAGGGCUUUAACAAUGACGGCAGUGACUUCCGGCCUGAGACGCUUAAUCCGGGGAGCGGUGGCAGCUCGGAUUCUCGUAAACCCGGCGGCCUGGCAGGUCAGGGUCAGUCGGGUUCGGGUUCGGUUUCGGUUUCCGGAGCGAAGAAGAGUGACGGGUCGGAGUUUUUGGAAAACGGGUGGGAUCCGGAGCUCAGCUUUCCCAUCACAUUUCGGAGAAUUGGUGCUGGUUUGAUAAAUAUGGGGAAUACUUGUUAUCUCAAUUCAGUGUUGCAGUGCCUGACAUAUACUGAGCCUUUAGCUGCAUACCUGCAAAGUGGCAGGCAUCGGAAUUCUUGUCAUAUAAAAAAUGGGUUUUGUGCUUUAUGUGCCAUCCAAGAGCACGUCAGUCUUGCUCUACAAUCAACCAAGAGCAUUUUGCCAAAGGCUCUUGUCUUCAAUCUACAACGCAUAUCGCGGAACUUUAGGAAGUCCAGACAGGAAGAUGCACAUGAAUACAUGGUAAACUUGCUGGAAUCCAUGCAUAAAUGUUGUUUACCAUCUGGAGUGCCAAGUGAAUCCCCUAGUGCCUAUGAGAAGAGUUUGGUACACAAGAUCUUUGGUGGUCGCCUUCGAAGUCGGGUCAAAUGUUUGCAGUGCUCCUAUUGCUCUGACAAGUUAGAUCCAUUCUUAGAUUUAAGUCUUGAAAUAGCCAAGGCAAACUCUUUGAAUAAAGCACUUGUGAACUUUACUGCUGAAGAACAGUUGGAUGGUGGGGAAAGGCAAUAUCAGUGCCAAAGAUGCAAUCAGAAAGUUCGAGCUAUGAAACAGAUGACCAUUCACAAGCCGCCUAGUGUUCUGUCCAUCCAUUUAAAGCGGUUUCGUGCAUAUGACCCUGGACAAAAAAUUAACAAAGAAGUUCAGUUUGGUCCUACGUUGGACUUGAGACCUUUUGUCAGUGGAGCAUAUCCGGAAGGAGAUUUGAAAUAUACUCUUUAUGGGGUUCUAGUUCAUUGUGGGGCUAGCACCUAUUCCGGCCAUUAUUAUUGCUUUGUUCGAACAUCAACUGGCAUUUGGCACUCUCUGGAUGACAACAAUGUAAGGCAAGUUCGUGAGAUGACUGUUUUGCAGCAAAAGGCGUACAUGUUGUUCUAUGUACGUGAUAGAAGAAAUAUUAUUCCAAGGAAGCCUGUUGAUGUUGCUCAAAAGGAGUAUUUCAAACCUAAUGGUACUGUAAAUAAAAUUACUCCUACUGACAACCAUUUGUCGAAAGAACCUAUUCGAAAAAUUGCAGUUGCGGGCAGAUCCAAUGAUCUAGCCUCUUCUGUUGCACAAAAAGAUGCAUCAGCUAUUGUCCCAAGGGUGUCCCAUUUGAAGGAAGCAUCAGUUAAUCAAAAUAAUGGCCACCUAGUGGCACAAAAUAUGGUGCGUAAGAAGGAAGCCAUUUCAGAAUCGUCUUUGAUAGCGUCAUUAUCAGAGGGCUCAUUGGGAGGAUUAGGAGAAAAUAUGCCACCAUCUACUCUGCUUCCAAGCCGCAAAACUGGCACUUCUGAUUCUGCAAGUGCUGUGGCUUCAACAACUGGUGCCAAACUAAAUGACUGCAAUGAGAAAGCAAGUUCAAAUGAUAAUGAAAGGGUUUCAAUUAUGAUAUCACCUACUGUGAAGGACCCUGAAAUCUUGAAGGCAUCGAAGCCUGUUCAAGAUGAGAUCCCUCAGAAUAAAAAUCAUGCUUCCGGUGCUGGGAAUUUGAGUGUGGCUUCAUCCAGAAUUCCAAAUGGUUUGACAUUGGAGAAGCUGAAUCCUGAAAAGCCAUCUGAUCCACCAAGCUCUAGAAUCAGUCAGGCUGGAAGUUUUACCAAUGAACGUGAGAAGGCUAGUGAUUGUGGCCAGACAGUGGUAGUUUCUGAUUCUGCAAAAUUGUCUGGCUCAUCAGUUGUGACAAAUAGAUCAUUAGAUUUGGAAGCUCCUGACCGCAAGCACCCUAAAGGAUUGAAAAAGAAGCACAUAAAGUGUAAGGUGGUAGGCAUGCAUUUCCGGCCAUCCUUGCUUUCUAGGGCAGUCUUAAGGGUGCAGAAGAAGAAGAAGCACAAAAGGAGUAAACACCUAACUUCAGAUUUUAAGAGCCAUAGUAAGAAAUACUUGGUAGAAAAUUAUUGUUCUUCAUCUGAUCAAGGACCAUCUACAUCUGAGAAAACCCAGACAGAUUCCUUGGUUUCUGUCUGUUCGAAGAGAAAGAGAAACAAAUCUGGCUUGAAAACAGAUGAAGAUGGAACUUCUAAUAAGUGCUCAGAGAAUCCCCAUGGUGAUUCUUCGAUGGAUAUUAAAGAUGUAGAGUUUAGAGAGAGCCUCAUUCAGAAUGGAACAGUGCUUGCAAGUGAUAAACAACAACAAAAUGGUUUUGGCUCUUCCUCUGUUACAUUGGAAAACAAAAGGGUGUCGAGAGGAACUGAUACUCCACACAAUUGUAAAAGUGAUGCAAUGCAAAAUGGAUGGAAGGGUGUGCUGACUCAGGGUCCAGUGGAGACAAUUGUUGCACCUUGGGAUGGAAUAGAAUUGCCUCAGUCUCAUGUUGUAGAAUCAAGCCAUGCACAGAGUAUCACCAUCGGUUAUGUAGGAGAUGAUUGGGAUGAAGAAUAUGAUCGGGGAAAGAGAAAGAAGGUAAGGCAAGCAAAACUCACCCCUGGUGGGCCAAAUCCUUUCCAAAUACUUGCAAACAAGAAAGCACAAUUGAAGCAACCAAGGAUACAAAGGUUUGAUUCUGGAAAUCGACCAGUCAGGAUAUGAAGGGUCUGCUGUCUUGUUUUCUGUAGCAGUUGAGACAAAUUGUACGACCGGGAGAGCACUAGGGUUCUUGACAUUUUUGGGUUUGCUGAGCCGGGGACUGUGUAUCUUAUUCCUGUGGGAGCAUUUCUCGUGCAGGGUUGUUGCUUCAGCUGAAAUAUAUUGUGUUUCAGAGAUAAAUUUAUAUAUUUAUUUUUAUUUUUAAUGUUCAUCUCCUAUGAAUCUAUGAUUAGUGGGAGCAUUUCUAACUAUUUAGCGUAAUAGUAUGAAACUUGGGUUCAAAUAAUUCAAUAAAGUGUGAAACUUGCCCAUUUUCUGAGUUGA